AUGCAAACUCUUAUUAUUGAAGGUGACGAACCCGCCUUUGGACAGUGCACCGAUACCUCGACGGGAACCGUUCUUCGUGAUCUCUCCCUCUCACCUCGACCUUCGGUUGUCGACGGACUUGGGGAAGUCUCUACCAACAGUACAACCCCUCCCCGCCUUGACGUGGAAUGGCCCAAUUCGCCUCCGUUGGCGGUUGCCCUCAGGUUCUCGGGCAUAUUCGACGAUGCUGAUGUCGCAGAGAUCGAAGGAGAUCUUACUCGCCAGACUCACCAAAGCAGAUCGCCCACUUUCGACAUGACCUAUGACAUUCAUAGCUUCCCGAAUAUCAAGGACAUCAACUUGGAGAUGGGGAACGACAGUGACAUCUCCGAGGUUGUGGUCAUGUCGCAGAAACAGCUCCCCACCGCGCUUUCUACGAUCCCAGAGGCAAAUGAGCCAAGCCCUGUUCUUGCGUAUACGACGAGCCUGUCCGACUUUGAUAUCAUCUCCUCUUACAAUGCCCCUGAUUCUGAUACUCGUGUUAUGAUCUGCCAAAGGAAAAGGAAUGGAAACCUUUACAAGAUUCGUUCUCGCCGCAUCUAUGACCAUUUUCCCUGGAUGGAGCAAGACAUCCUGGAGACGCUACGAGAUAUGGGAGCUCCCUUCCUGCCCUAUCUGAAGUCUGUCUUCCGAGAGGAAAAUCAAGUGCAUCUUGUUCUGGAUUAUUGGCCUUCAGCGAGUUUGAGAGAGCUCCUCGCAAAGUACGGAACUCUUGGCUCUCAGCGUGUCCUGUUCUAUGCUUCUGAACUCCUGACUGGGAUUGCCAACCUCCACGGUGUCGGGAUCAUGCAUCGCAACCUUAACCCUGACGAUAUCAUCUUGGACAAGCGGGGGCACAUUGUCAUUACCAACUUUGAAUUCGCCAACACGAUUCCCCCUUCCGGUGUUAACGCCAAUUCGUUUAACAGUGAUUUGGUUUUGUCGAUACCGAGGUUCCAUGGAUAUCAGGCCCCAGAGAUGGUUCUGGGUUGGGCGCAUGAUAUCUCCGUUGAUUGCUGGGGAUUUGGGAUGUUGCUUUACUUCAUGUACUUUGGGAAGCACCCCUUCCAAGAGGACAGAAACCCGGUAGAUCAUCGCGUCUUGCGCGCACGCAUCAUUCAAGGCUCUUUGUCUCCAGAGUCUCUCAGGUUGAUUCAUCCGCACACGAGGGAUAUCAUCUUGAAGUGUGUCGAAAGGAAUCCGCGUAUUCGAUUGAAUGUCGAUGGGAUUAAGAACCACGAAUAUUUUAACAACGUGCCUUGGGGAAAGGUGGCCGAUAAGCUCGUCGAAGUCCCACCACUACCCGGGUUCUUCAACGAUAAUGGAUCCAGUGGGGAGCUUUUGAGAAGGUCCCAUUCGUCAGGCUUGCGACACACCCUCUACCAAGAGGGAGCCGAGCCUGUUGUCGCAACACCUGAGCAACCUCGACCUGCGCUACUGAGUCCUAUCCCUUCCCAUCGUCCUUCUCACCCGCUUCCUCUCUCCCCUUCUCCUUCCGCUGUCACAUUCGCCUCUCGUCCCAUGUCUCCAUCUGUCCUGACUGAGAUGUCAGAACCUCUGGAGGGCAAUCUCAGCAUCCAAUCUCCUAAGCCCCGGACGUUUCGACCCUUUCUCGACCCUCAGGCGAGCGCUCAGUCGGCGAAAGGAGGACAAGUAGACUCGGGCAUGGAAAUCUGGGAUCUACUGGAUCGUGAGGAGCAAGGCUCGAUCGCCUCUUCCAACCUGGGCCGUAGCCACGUUCUUGGAUUCCUCAGGCCUCGUAAGCUUCGCAAGAACAAUUCGUCGACCAGUCUCUUCAGGCCGUUCGUACUCAACCUGAGCACGUCGUCCUUGACUCGUGGGUUGAAGAAGAAGAAGUCUAGAAGCUCCACUCGCUUGGGCGAGAGUUCCGCUACCGUACAUGACCCUCAGCAGCGCAACCAGGACGUUGAGCUCCCAGCCGGAAUCGAACAUAUCGGUAGUGGAAUUGGAUUCCACCGUAAUACUCUCUCCUCUGAUUCAGGCCAUUCGAGGUCUUCAGCUUCCUCAAACUUGCCCAGGUUCUGCCGCGGAGGUGUCAAGCUUGGUCAUCGAUUCUCAUUCAGUGCUUUGCGGCCCAGCGGUGCUCGCAAGAUCUUUGGAAGGAAUACCCGCUCGAGGUCUCUCUCUUCUACUAUGGCGACCAAUUCCGGGGAUGCUUCUGCACUCGGGGGCCUCCGGUUGGCUCACAAUGGGAAUAGCCCUGCCUAUGUUCACGGUCACACAGGAGCUCUUCCCGGUUCACAUACUUCUCCUAGGACGCCUCACGAGGUGCAAGCUAGUACUCCUAUCCUCCAAAUGAAUCCCAUGUCACCUAGCGGUUCGUCAUCCACCUCCGCUUCUGCGUCAUCAUCUCCUAGGACCGAGGAUGGCCCAUUGACUCCAACCACUGUGGCUUGCGACGAGGAGUGUCAAGCCCGAGUAUCCUCCAAGGCAGUGAUGGACUUUGACGAGGUCAACAAAGAAAGGGGAAGGAAUGAUUUGACUUUGCGAUUGGUUCCCAGUUCCAGAGGUCUCCAGCUAUCGGUUUGA